GACAUCACCACUUACCCCGCCUUACCACUGUGAUGACAGCCCUUGACUUGGCUGACUCAGGACGGACGCUCGUCUUUUUUUUUCAUUCUUUUUUUUCUUAUGUUCCACAGAUUGGAUGGCAAGAAGGAGGGAGCACCAUGAUCAGUGGGAGAAAGUAACUUGUAGCAACAUCGUGACUCGAGUUCCCGUCUUUCCAGUGCAUCGAUGAUGCCCACACAGCCCGCCACCACAACUACCUCUUUGCGCGGCACAACGACAGGCCGAACCUGUAGCAUUUUCCAUUCCCGUCCAUAGCAUCCAUUGAUUGCGACCCAGUCCUACAAGUGCAAGUAUCGUCACCCACAACAUUGUCCGUUGGCCAGCCCGCGGUGGAUGAUCGACCAGUUACAAUCUGCAUGCUGGAGCCACGGAGCCACUCAACCAAGCUCUUCCGAAAGUACUCUAACUACCUGCUGCGCCAAAGUACCUCGAGGCACCCACCCGUACGCACCUACACAGUAGUCUUGAUUGACGUCGAACGAUACCUCUAUCGAGUGGAAAGGACCGACCUGACCCCGAGAGCGAGCAUAGCGAGCGGAAGGAGGCAGGAUAAUCAGAGCAACGGAGCUUUCAUGAUUGAGGAUAAUGGCUCCGGAUCGCGAAAGGAAGCCUGAGAAUGAUGACCAUUCCAGUUCAAGUGAAGAGGACCAGGAUGCGCUUGAGGUCUCGUUCGAUCCAUCUAGUCCCUAUCGGCGCAAGAGCUCUCUAGUAAACAGCGAUGCCCGUGUUCCUCUUCACCUCCGGCGAUCACAGCCGGCCAGAACGGAAUGCCUUGUCCACCAGUUUCUCGACGCCCAGCGACGACCCCCUAGACGGCAAAAUACCCUAGAUGGACAGGUUGAUGGCACUGCCAGUACGAGUACAAACUCUAUCGAGACCCGAAGCCCCAUCACAAGGGGCUUGACCGACAUUGCCCGCGAUGCCGUCCAAGUUAGUCGUGAAAAUAGCCAGGACCAGGUGCUCGACCCAAAAGGCUUCUCGAGCACUGUCGGUAACAUUGCCGCCAAUGUGCGUGCCCGGGAGUGCUCGAUGACCAAUGCCAACUCGAGCGACACUAGCGAUGCUGGUCAGGUUGAUGAGAAGGAAUGGAAAAGUGAGAUCGUAAAAGCACCAAACACAGACCCAGAGGAAAAGUACAGCAGGCUCCUCACCAAGAAGCAAUUGAGUGAAAUGGCAUGGGGAGUCCGGGAGCUGAGUCGGCGAUUGAGCAGCGUGCGCUUGAAGUUCAAGAUCAAGACCAUCUUCGUGCUCACCAAGCCGUAUGACCAGGAACUAAUCCCCAAGACACGCGCCUUGAUCCGGUGGUUACUGGAUAAGGAACGCGACGUGCGCUAUACUGUCUACAUUGACAAGGCUUUGCGUUGCAACAAAAAGCUUGAUGCACCCGGCUUGAUCGAAGAGAUCCGCAAGGAUUACGUUGGGUCUGGCGAGAUCUCAGAGGAAGCCGGCAAUGACAUAUCUGAGCGUCUACGCUAUUGGGACGAGGAAUUGUGUCGUGCCAGGCCGCAGACGGCCGACUUUGUCAUCACACUCGGCGGUGAUGGAACCGUACUAUUUGCGAGUUGGUUAUUCCAGCGCAUCGUUCCACCUGUUCUGAGCUUUUCUCUGGGGAGCCUAGGGUUUUUGACCAAGUUUGACUUUGAUCACUAUCACGAGACCUUGACAGCCGCCUUCACAGAAGGUGUCAACGUGGCUUUGAGGCUAAGGUUCGAAGGAACCGUCAUGCGAAGUCAGACGAACAAAAGGAAACUCGUUGAGGGGGACUCUGACAAAAAAAUGGUCUCAAACAAAACAGACAAAGAACAGGGCGGCACAGAUGGUCCUGAUUGCCAGGACGAGAAUGAUCCAAGCGAAGAGAAAGAGGAAGGAGAAAAACGAGAUCUCGUAGAAGACCUUAUCGGCGAGGAAAAGGAUGAUGAACGAACCCAUCGACCAGACGGCACAUGGUGCGUGCUCAACGAGGUGGUGGUGGAUAGAGGACCCAAUCCAACAAUGUCAUACAUCGAAAUCUUCGGCGAUGAUGAGCACUUCACCUCCGUCAACGCCGAUGGUAUCUGCGUUUCCACUCCCACCGGCUCAACCGCCUACAACCUCGCCGCUGGCGGCUCUCUCUGUCACCCCGAAAACCCCGUCAUGCUCGUAACCGCUAUGUGCGCGCACACGCUCUCCUUCCGGCCCAUCAUCCUACCCGACACCAUCGUACUUCGCAUUGGCGUGCCCUACGAUGCCCGGACCGGCUCUUGGGCGAGUUUCGAUGGCCGCGAGCGUAUCGAACUUAGACCGGGCGACUACGUGACCAUCAGCGCGAGCAGGUACCCGUUUGCCAGCGUUCAGCCACAGGGGAGGAGGAGUGAAGAAUGGAUCAAGAGUAUCAAUGCGAAGCUUGGUUGGAAUACUAGGCAGAAGCAGAAAAGCUUUACGUAGAGUACUCUUGACCUGUCUUUUCGACGGUAGGGACGGGAUCACGCUUGUUUGCUAUGUAUACCUCAUUCGUCUUGUGGUAUAUUACAAGCUAGCAUUCUGUCGGGAAAAAGCAAAUUGUAACUCAGCGAACUGUACCUAGCGAGUGGCUUCCUUCUUCGGCGUCGUCAAGAACAUAAAAAGAUGAAAUAAAGAAAAUUGCUGGAGCUUGAAAACCGUGCUUACAGCUGUUCCAGAAGCUACACACAGUGUUUUAGGAUGGCCUCCUACCAUUCACGAAUUUGUUGAGAGUAAUGCUCUGUAAUAAGGUUCUCAAAUCAAACGCUGCUGAUGGGCCAUGCCUUUGCGCUGACCUUAUUCAUGUUCUAUAUGUAUUGUUGUCAGAUAAUCUAUAACGCUUUCCAACUUUGAACCUUUCCACAAUGGUACUGUACAUAUAUCAUCACA